GCGGCGCGGUUGUGUGUGUGUCUUUGAGGCCUCCUCUUCCCACACACCCCUCCCCCGUCUGUCCGCUCGCUCUGCCCCAAAAAUGUGAAACCAAAUCCGAGCAGCAGGUCACAGAGCCUAGUUAUUUUAAAACCAACACUGAACUACCUCGACAGCACCAUGCACGUAACGCGGAACGGCCAGUUUAUAGAAAUAAUCUUCGCCGUGAGAGAGACAGAGUAACAUGAGGGAGCGCCGCUGUGCUCGUUUAACGUGUUUUGUUGUUGUUGUUGUUGUUCGGCUGCUCGUGGCUCUCCAAUGUCUCUGCCCGUAGUUCUGCCUGGAUCCUGCUGUCGUUUAUCGGGGGCUGCUUUGGCCCAUCAGCUCGCAGACGCCUCUCACAGAAGCCGCAGCAGCCGCUGUGUGUCCGCUCUCCCGUCCCGUAUGUCUGGAUCUCAGACGCGGCUCACCCCGGCGCUGCUGCCCGCUCGCCCGCUGCUCUCCCUCGGCUUGCUACAGCUGGUUCUCGGCUGCUCCAUGGUGGCGCUCUCUUUCGGGGCUCUGUCCCUUAGCAACUCGCCCCCUAUUAGAAACUCCUGUCCUUUUUGGGCCGGAUCUUCUGUCAUCCUCUCUGGGAUUAUAGGACUAACCACAUGGAAACGGCCAAUGCUUCUGCUGGUAAAUCUGUUUGUAUUGCUGUCGGUGGUCUGUAUCCUGCUAAACCUGGCAGGCUUCAUCCUCUGCUGUCAGGGGGCUCAGCUGGUCUCCAGUACCAUUAACUGCCAGCCGAAGGGUGAUCUCUGUCACUGUUGUUCAGAGAGUACAAGCAACCAGUGCCAAGGGGACAAGUUGAUUGAGAUCUACGCAGGUCAUGCAUGUGGCACAAUGAGAAUCCUGCUCAAGAAAGUGCUGUUUGCGUUGUGUGCGCUGAAUGCUUUGGCCACAGCUGUGUGUCUGGUGGCUGCCGGACUCAGAUAUCUCCAGAUCUUCUCAACCAGACGGCCCUGCAUGGAAGAGGCCAGGCCUGUUCCAGAGGAAGUGGAGGAGCAGACUCAUCUUCCUGACCCAGACGAAUUUGUCGCUCCGGCACCUCCUCCUUCAUACUUCUCCACCUUCUACUCUUACACCCCACGCCUGGCUCGCAGGAUGUUUGGGGAUGGUAUGAUCCCUCUUCCUCAUAUAUAUGGUGCCAGAAUUAAAGGAGUGGAGGUCUUCUGUCCUCUAGACCCUCCUCCACCUUAUGAAGCUGUUGCAUCAAACCCAGCAGCACAGGCCCAGAAUACUGAGGUGCAAAUGAGCGAUCUGACUGAGGUCCUGACAGAGAGUGCAGAAGCAGCGUCGCCCUGUGAUGACAGGUGCUGCCAGACGGCCGUAUUGAGCCCCACACCUCCGGCACAGUCCAGACAGCCUCACAGCGAAGUCUCCUCCAGCAGAAAACCUCACAGACCUCGCCUGCGCAGGUCCAACAGUGACCCCGUCCUGCUUGACCUGACCGCCAAAGUAAUGAGUUGUGAAGCAGCUACACAGACAGAACAAGGUCCGGCUCCUGCUCCAGGCUCAGUGACUGUAACGGAGCAUGGGACGGUUACACUACGACAGGGCCGGGGCAAACGGAAGCCUCGUCCCAACUCUAUGGUGGACUACCAGAGCUAUAGAGACACAAAACUGCUGGUGGCUCGUUUCCUGGAGCAGUCCUCCUGCAGCUUGACCCCUGAGGUACAGGAGCUGGUCAACAGCAUCAAAACCGUGCUGCGCUCUGAUGAGGAGCACAUGGAGGAGGCCGUCCGCUGCGCCAGCUUCAUCGACCAGGCCAUUACAGUUUCAGAGGUUGCACCGGUGCAGUCCAGCCUCCGCAGGCAGACGCAGACGCAGACGGAGCUCACCUCCAACACGCUGCCGCUGCGCAAGCGGCCGGGCAUCCUUCACCUGCGCAGCUGUGGCGACCUCAGCUCCUUCACAUGGUCACAGCUACAGGUCGGGCCAGAGCGCAGGACACGUUCCCAUUCCCGAACUAACUCCAGGAUGGGCUCUCGGGCUGGAUCCCGUCGCAUGGAACAGGAACGUCCACACAGCCUCAUCGGAGUCUUCCGAGAAACUGUCAUCUGAGUGACGUCUCAAACUGACCGUUAACCCAGGAAAUAAAGAGAAGCUUAUCGUGAACACCACAACAUGAAGGAAGCGACAGAUGAGUACAGAUCACGUCAUUUUUAAAACAGCGGUUUUUGUUGUCAGUGUGUGUACUGAAUAUUAUUCAUUUUUAACUUUUUCAGUUGGAGUUCCAGCUGUUUCGAUUUACUGAUGUUUUUUAUUUUUUAUUUUUCUCACAUUAUGAUAAAACACUGGGGGGAAAAACAAUGUUUACCGUAUUUUUCGGACUAUAAGUCGCACCUGAGUAUAAGAUGCAUCAGUCCAAAAAUACGUCAUGAUAAAAAAAAAAGAUAUAUAAGUCGCACUGGACUAUAAGUCGCAUUUAUUUAGAACCAAGAGAAAACAUUACGGUCUACAGCCGCGAGAGGGCGCUCUAUGUGUUCAGUGUAGACUACAGAAGCACUGAGCAGCAUAGAGCGCCCUCUGGCGGCUGGAGACCGUAAUGUUUUCUAUUGGUUCAUUUCUCUCGGUUCAUGUCAAAUUAAUUUUGAUAAAUAUGUCGCACCUGACUAUUAAGUCGCAGGAUCAGCCAAACUAUGAAAAAAAGUGCGACUUAUAGUUUGGAAAAUAUGGUAUUUAACAAAUUUCCAUCUUCCUUAUUUAAAAAUGAUUUGAAAAUACUAAUUAACAAUAUUAAUAAUCAUCAUAUUAAGAAAAACAUGCUAAUGUAUGGUUUAUUUUUCUGAUGUAAUGUGAUGUGGAGAAUUACUCGAUGCUAAUUAAAUCAGUAUAUUGUGAAGAGGAGGAAUAUGUUACUUUUUUAUUUUUAUUUGACCGUUCUGAACAAAUGUAUUAUUUCUUCCAAGAUGUCUUUCAGAGAUGUAUGGUGCAUUAUUACUGAAUUCAAGGAGUCUUAUUUGAAUUAUAUGGGUGAAAGCUACCAUCCAUAUUUCUCCCAGAUUAAAUAUGAUCUUUAAAGCGUC